CUCCCGCGCUCUCCUUCUCGCUCCCUCCCCGUGGCUGGUCCGCGGCUUCUUCGCUCAUCAGAGGGAGACGCCAGGCGCCGGAGCAAGAGCCCGGUGCACCGGGGGCUGCUGAGCCGAGCUCCCCCCGCACCCCCGGGGAUGCCAGGGCACAGCCACGCUCCCCGCCGCCUCCCGGCUUGAUCCCCCGCUCCAGCGCCCGGGGGUCCCCGGGGAGGGGGUGCCCGCCUGCCCCCUUCCCCUGCCCGCCAUGGUGCUGCCCCGGCGGGGGAGCCCCGCCGCGACCCCCCGCCGCCGCGGCCGCGGGGGCUGAGCGCUGCGGGCCGGGCUUGCGGGGGUCUGGAGCCCUUCGCGGCGCCCACAGGCAUGAACGAUGGCGGGGCCGAGGCCGGCCGGACCCCCCUGCUGCUGGGGGAGCCGGGCUCCGCGCCCCGCGGUCCGGAGCGGCCCCGGGACAAGGGCAGCGGCCGGGCCGAGCUGGAGGGAGCUGCGCGCGGAGACCCCGGCGGCGCCCACCGGGACACCCCGGGGACCUCCUCCUCCAGCCCCGGCUCUUCCAAGGAGAGCGACAGCCAGCCCGGGCCCGGCGAAGCCGACUACUGCCGCCGGAUCCUGGUGCGAGAUGCCAAAGGGACCAUCCGGGAGAUCGUUCUCCCUAAAGGCCUGGAUCUGGACCGGCCCAAAAGGACCCGGACCUCUUUCACGGCGGAGCAGCUGUACAGGCUGGAGCUGGAGUUCCAGCGGUGCCAGUACGUCGUCGGCAGGGAGAGGACGGAGCUAGCGAGGCAGCUCAACCUAUCGGAAACGCAGGUCAAAGUCUGGUUCCAGAACCGGCGCACCAAGCAGAAGAAGGACCAGAGCCGAGACUCAGAGAAGCGCUCGUCCUCCAGCUCCGAGUCCUUCGCCACCUGCAACAUCCUGCGGCUGCUGGAGCAAGGCAGACUCUUGUCGGUCCCAGCUGCACCUAACCUGCUCCCCGCCGGUGCCGCGGCCCUGGGCCCCGCGACUGGGAAUGGUGCCGGCCUGGCCACGUCGGGCAGCACGUCCCCCGGCGUGAGCAGUGGGAACAGCCCCCCCGGGACGGGCGGCUUCAGCCUGGGGGUCCCAUCUCUGGCCGCGGCCUCGUCCCCCCGGCUCCCCGGCACCCCGCUAUGCUUCAGCGGCCCGCUUCUGGGCACCCUCCACGACCUCCCUAGCGGCUACGGACUGGGCAGCUCCGCCUUCGAGCCUUAUACACGGCUGGAGAGGAAAGACAGUUCGAUACCCAGCAAGAAGCCAAGCCCUUAAAUAAAGCCGAGUGUCAAAGCGUUUCCCCAUCCCACCCCCGCCUCCAUGCACCGUGUUCCCCCGUCUGCCCCUCGUGGGGCUCCUGUUCUGCAAGUGGGAUUUCAAAGACCAAAUGUCCAGGUGACAUGUGUGUGUACGUGCGUGUGUCUGCGUGUUCCCUCCGUGGAAAUAAACACACGGCUCCGGGCACCCCCCUUCGUUCAGCCCUCACCGCUGCACCGCGCUGCCUGAGAUGCUGCUGGCUCAGUAGGGAGACGUAGAGGCUUGGUCCUUUGCUGCGGGUCCAGGGGGGAGCUGGGAGGGUUGGAGGUUUGCUGACCCCAUGGAUCAGAUGCUUUUGCACUUAUGAGGCAUCUAAGUGGGCUUAAGUAGCUAAGCACAGUCCUAUUCCAGCUUGCUCAAGUCCCUGAGAAACAGCUCAUGCAACAGGCAGGGAGGGAAGGGUCUUCUUACUUCUCUCUGCUUCUCUGUCAUGGAUGUGAGGAUGGUGAGAUGCAGAACUAGAUGCACGAAUGGGUUUUCAGGGGCUUGGGCAGGCUGGACUCAAAUCACCUCCAGUCACUCAGAUGCUCUGGGGGUGAAAGCUUGUGCCCGCUGCUCUCUUCUCCCACUAGUCAGGGUUUCUGCCCCUCCAUGCAAAGCACCAUGGAGUGCAUUUGCUGUCACCAUCCACUUCGCUUGCUGCCAGGCUCAACCCUGGGUCCACGGUGCCCCCCUGCCUCUGCAAUGGGGAUGCUCCAAAAUGCAGGGGAAGUGGAUGCAGAAGAGCACGAGUCCUAAGCUGGGGGCAGGGACCUGCGUAGGUUGCCCUCCUAUGCCUCAGUUUCCUGUCUGCAAGGUGCUGUGGCCUCCUCGGGGGCAUAAGCGCAGGACUCAGGGUCUGCUGUGCUUCAUCUUGCCUUAAUCUGUGAUAGCUGAGUCCCAAGGGCUGACAGCAGGGCUGGGCUGGUGCGUCUGGUCCAUGCCCAGACAUCUGAGCAAAAAGGGGCGUCCAGCAUGGCAGUGUGAAGACCGGGCCCUCUCCAGAUCAUUGCAUCUCACCCACCCCGGCUACUGGUGCCGGCACUUGGAGAAGUGACACCACUGGAUGCGAGAGCCCUGGAGAUCCUAGACGUCACCAUCUAAUGACAAAACCCGCUCUCCUCCUCUCUUGGUAAUCACCAUUCGGUGGGGUGCACCAAAACCCCAUGCCCCAUGUCUGCUUGCCUUGCACCGUUGGCUAUAAGGGCACCCCAAGCACGGCUUGACCUGCCACCAGCUCAGACCCCACUCACAUUACAAUGGGGGGAGUUGGGUCAAGAGACUCUUGGCUUCAUGGCUGGGACCUUGGAAGACAAACCCUGAGACAAUCAGGGUCAGAUCCAACCACAGAGACAGCAUGAAGUGAGAUCCUUCAAUAUUUAACUCCCCACGGGAGAUAGGCAUUGAGGGCAUGGGCUUCCUGUGGAGGAUGUGGGUCUAGUCUUUCAGGGAGCCCUUUUACAAUCAUCCCGACUCUCUGCAAGGUUCGACAGUGUUGCGGGGAGGCUGGAGCUCUUGAUCCUCCAGAGACAGCACAAGCUGGAAAGCUUCAGAAAGGCGCUAAAAGCACAGCUGGCCUGUGAAUAGCUUCCCCCUGCUCCUGCUCAGUUUCCAGAAAGAAGGGAAAUAGCCCCAAGAGGCCUUUUGGCAUCCUGGGAUUCUGGGAUGAUAACCUCCAGGGGGGAUCGAGGCACCAAACUCACAUCCAGGUCCAGGGCUGGGUCAGGUCUGGUUUCUGGUUUGGCCAAAGGCUGGAAGCAGGACACAGGCUGUCUGCAAAAGUCAGCUCUAGGGUUGGGUUUUAGAAGCUGCCAGAGGUUUUGGGGUUGGGUUCUGGGUUUGGGACACAUAGCGGAGAUGCAGGUGCAUCUCUCCAGGCGCCGGCCGCUUAGGGCCAAACCAGCCGAUCUUGUGACGCCCCCAAAGGCACCGUGGGCAGAAUCAAAGUCACCUUGUCCCCACUCCCACCUGUCUUGAUUGCCACGACCGGCACAUUAGCAAACCCACCACCCAGGUCUGUGAGUUCCCUCUAGUGAUAGCACAGCCCAGGCUGCUGUCUGUGUGCCCGUCCAUCUGCCUGCCACGUCCUGGGACAAGGUAAGGAGAGGCAGAGGGAGAAAGCAGGUGAGUGGGGGCCACGUGGGUGUCUGGGCAAGCGCUGCUGUGAAAGCCCAUCAGCAGGGUGUGGGGUGGGAUCAAUCCUGGACCCCCCUUAUCAGCCGCUCGGCCAGGCUCCCUUGCAAAUCUGCUGGGCACUGAGCUCCCUGAGGGCAGGAUCAGGCUCACGAGCCCUUGAAGAGUCACAGGUGCAGCUGCCAUCUCCCCCCUGGUCAAGGAGGGCCCCGAUCCUGGCAGCCCCCUCCUCCUCCAGCAGCCCCCACUGUGGUCAGUGGCUCAGGGGUCAACCUGCGGCGUGUCACGCUGUCCCUACCCAGGACAGGCCUCCCUGAUUCAUCCCCCCCAGGGACUUUUCCUGCCAUUGAUGGUGGAUUUGGAGCCAGGAACACCCCUGUACUCCUUCCUGCCAUCACACACAACUGCAAGCGAUGGCUGAGGGUUGCUAGAGCCCCCGGAGGCAGCACAAACCCUUUUCCCCCUCCUCCCUUCCUCUUUGAGCUCAGCCCCAUGCCAAGGGGGGUUGUGCUAUCACCCCCACUCUGUGCAUGGCUGGGGCCUGGGUGGCAGAUGGAGGCCACAGAGCUGCCAUGCUUCCCCAUGGUGCCGGGGCUCUCCAGCUGCUGUAACUGGGGGGAUUUGUGAGGCAUGAACUGAAGAUAGAAGAGUUGGCAACUAUUGAAUAUUGCAGUUUAGGGUCCUAGCUGGUCCUCUCCCACUAGAAAGGCCUCUUUUCCAGGAGAUAAUGAAGCUACCGGGGACUAUCCCUUCCCAGAGCACGGUAGUCAUUCCUUACCAUCCUACGGAGGACAGAGCAAAGGACCUGCCAGAUUAGUAUAGAGCCUGGCCACCGAGGUCUUCGAAGCAAAGCUGGUCAAUAUGGGUGCAUCUACACAUGCAUUAACACACUUUAGUUCAUGCACAUUAAAUCUAGUACCUCUAUUGUGAAGUACCAAGAAAAUCUGCACUGAUCUAUCUUAAUGCGCAUUAACUAAAGAACAUAGUUUUAAA